UAACAUGGGUUCACCAUCACAAUCACCUUCUGGUUUAUCUAAUUCUAGUGGGACGUCUUCGGGUAGAUAUGAUGUAUUUCAUUUAGCUGACUUUUCCACGGAUGUAAAUAAUUCGAAUAGAGAUAUGUCACAUUAUUCGACUAAUAAUAAUAAAGGUGGGGGAUCAGGUUCUGAGUGGAAUGCGAACGAAUCUUCAAUAAAAAGAGAAACGAUAAAUAUGGACAUUGAUCAAAAAGAAGAGGCGCGUUCAUUAUUUUAUUUGGGAGGCCAACCUAUGGAAAGAAAUGGUUCACGAAACGUAACAGAACAACAAUUGAAGCAUCAAUAUGUUAAGCGAGAAGAUGAAGAAUCUAAUUCUUCAAUGAAAAUACGAGAUUUAUUAAAUUGA